AGCGGCAGUAAACUUGCGAGAGCUUUUGUCAACUUUCACAUUCAACGCAGUGACAGAGAUUUUGAUGAGCAGGAGAUUCUUUGGCGAUGCUUCCAAAGGAGACGCAGACUCCAUAAAGUUCAGGAGAUCUAUACACCAGAGCUUAAGUCUGGCCAUCAAGUUCCACAUCACAGAGUUUGUUCCAGCCUACUUGAGAGGAUUCCUUGAGUGGCUUGAUCCCUCCAUCCCUCACUUCAAGAAGUUGCAUGAGAUUCAAGAUAGGUUCUUGCAAAAAGUACUUGAGGAACACAAGGAAUCACGCCGGGGUACCAAAGAUUUCAUGGAUAUCAUGCUAGAGAACUUCAAGGAGGAAGGGUCAGGAGGGGAAAACGUUGUCAAAGCUGUUAUAACAGAUCUAAUUCUGGCAUCAGACUCAACUGGAGUAGCUACUGAAUGGGCGAUGGCACAACUUCUUCACAACCCCUCUGUUAUGGAGAAAGCCCAGAUCGAGCUCAACCUUGUCGUGGGUCCAAACCGCCUAGUCGAAGAGUCCGAUUUCUCAAAGCUGGAGUAUUUUCAAGCUAUUAUCAAGGAAACUAUGAGACUUUGCCCUCCAGGUCCACUCCUCAUCCCUCGCAGCUCGGAUGAAGCUUGCAAGAUUGGUGGCUAUCACAUCCCCAAAGGCUCUACGUUGUUUAUCAAUGCUUUUGCCAUGGGACGCGACCCAAGAAUCUGGGAACACCCCACGAAGUUUAUGCCCGAGAGAUUCCUUGGAAGCUCGACGGACAUCAAGGGCCAGCAUUUCGAGCUCAUACCGUUUGGAUCAGGGCGGAGGAUUUGCCCCGGGAUGCCACUGGAACUGAGGACUCUCCAGUUGAUACUGUCAAAUUUACUCCAUGGUUUUGAUUGGAGCUUUGUCCAGGGAAAGGUUUAUACUCUGGAGGAUACUUUUGAGACUGCGUUGCUGCUCAAGACUCCUUUGGAGGUAAUGGCAACUCCAAGACUCAAGAAAUCUCCAAGGCAAAUUCACACUCGAAUUCUAGAGCUUCCAGAUCUCUACCUUUGCAACCUCCUCGUUCUCAUGUAUGGAAGGUGUGGCAGCAUUGCAGAUGCCCAGGCGGUGUUUGUGUCCAUCGCUAAUCCCAAUGAUUUCUCCUGGAACAUCUUGUUUGGUGUAUAUGCCCAGAAUGGGCGUUUGCCGCAAGCCAAGAACGGCUAG